GUAACUUUACGUAACGUUACGUCCCAGCGUCCGUGCGGCGGAGAGGCUGUUGACAGCGGUGGAGAGGACGCUGCAUGGGAGCAGGCCGGAGUGGGUAAACAAAACACACAUGAGCGCAAGGAGCGACGGCAGCCCGGACAUCUGAGCUAAUUUCAUAUCUCGACGAUGCGCGUCGUGGUCCUGGGGCGUUAGAAGCCCGUUGACGCAGAGAGGCGCUAGCAAAGAGAGGGCGGGCACCUGUCAAAAGCUAAACAGGUUGACUUGGCUAACGCGUGCUAGCUGGCUCGUUGGCCCCCGCUCAGGUUCGCUACCUGGAGCCAUGUCGUCCCCCUCCUCCGCCUCGCGGCGCCAGUGGUGCUACCUGUGCGACCUGCCGAAGAUGCCCUGGACUGUGGUGUGGGACUUCAGCGAGGUGGUCUGCCGCGGCUGCGUGAACUACGAGGGCGCGAAUCAGAUCGAGUUCCUGAUCGCGAGCGCCCGACAGCUGAAACGAACGCACGGGAUGCAGGACGGCAGCGUCCGGUCGCCCGGCCCCUCGCCCGGCAAGCACGGCGCGACCGGCAGGGGAGACGCAGCGGCGGACGGCGGCAGGCCGCACGCCGACCGCUUCGACAGGGGCGCAAGGGGGGAAAGCGCCGGGUCAGCUGCUCGCGUGCCGCCCAACGGGCUGCACCGUGACGGCCAGCCGCCUCCUGAGGUGAACCGUCAGAGCCCCAGCGGCAGCCGGAGACCCAUGCUCGGCGCCGCCAUCCCCCCCAGUCUAGUGACCCAAGGUAUCGCAGGGAUUCCCCACGGGCUUCUUGCGGGCAUGCCGGCGGGUCUAACCGCCAGGACAGCCCCUAUGAGCAGCCCCAUGAUCUUCCCUGCGCCAGUGCUGGCCGAGAUGAGCCGCAGGCAUCUGGGGAUGGGAAUGGGGAUAGCCCCUUUCAUCACUCCGGAGCUGGAGCGAGAGCUCAGCUCGUCCCAGAACCAGCAGAAGUUACAGACGCAGGUCCACACGGCUCUGGCCGGAAGCAGCUCCAGCAAAAGUACGGGCCUCCCUUCCUCGUCCUCCACCACGGCGGGAGGUGUGAGCCAGACGAGCCCCAAGCCCGCCUCAUCUCCAGCCAGGCAGCCCCGCCCCCUGGCCGCGAGGUCCGGAGGGGAGCCGCUGGGGUCCAGCUCCUCGGCGGAGGCGGCCACCACGGCUGCAGCGUUACCCCACAGUGGAGCCUCUGAGCUGGGGUCGGCGUCCACCAGCAACAGCCAGUCAACAGGAAACACUCUGUCCUGCACCUUGUGCCACGAGAGGCUGGAGGACACGCACUUUGUUCAGUGUCCAUCGGUGCCAGGGCAUAGGUUCUGCUUCCCAUGCACCAGGGUGUACAUCCAGAGUCGGCGAGGAGAUGGGGAGGUGUACUGCCCCAGUGGAGAGCGCUGUCCAUUGGAUAACUCUCCCAACAGUCCCCCUUGGGCCUUCAUGCAGGGAGAGGUGUCCACCAUACUGGGCACCGCCGGAGCGGGAGCAGCGGCUGCCGCAUCCGGAGCCGGGUCGGGGCCCACUGCCGCUACGUCUGGGGCCGGGAGUGGCGCUGCCAGCGGAGCCGGGUCUGGCAGUGGAGACGUCGCUGUCAAGAAAGAGAGAGAGAUGUGAUGGUGAUUUCCAUGGAAAACCAAGACCCAACAGAGCAACAGGCAGAGUCGAAUCAUAUACCAAAAGGAAAAGUCUGCACUGGUCCGCCAAGAGAUCCUGAACAGUGGCAACACAGCGACCCUGAGUUAAAAAAAAAACUCCAUUACACAGGUCUCAACUCCACCGACUCACCACCCAGUUUUAUCAACAUUAUCAGACUUUCCACGUAUCUGACUGAAGUUGCGAAGACUGCCUUCACAAAUUGUUAGCAUCAAGUUUUUUGUUCUCUCAUUAACAAAGGUUGACAACUUUUAAAUCAAAUUCAGCCAUUCCGAUAUUAUGAGAAUGGCAAAUCAAAUUCCUUUAAAUUCCCCAGUGCAUCCCUUUGCAUCCAGAGGUCACCCUCACCAAUGCUGAGAAAACAAUCCUGUGUCAAAUGCUCAUUUCAGAGGUCUUGGUGAAAUGUCACCACGACUUUACCAAGGCGGUGAAUGUGUAACUGAGUGUUUCAAAUAAAAUGGCCACCGUAAUGUGCUGUUGGAAUCUGAUAUUCAGGGCCUGUUAACAGCUGAACAGGGGGUACUUCUGUGGACGUAACGGCAGCUGUGCCAGUUGAAACAACUGGCCGUGCCCACAUUAGCACCGGCAGCGAGCUACUGUAAGCAGCUGGGAACAAAUAGCCUGAGGCAGCAGGUGGACCACACCAGCUUUCAGCAAGAUUGUCUCACUUUUUCUACGAAAACAAAAAAUCAGCGAGAUGCACUUUUAAGAAGCACAAAUUGUCAACAGGACUACAGCGGCGCUAACAGCUGAUAUCUCUUUGUAGCCAUUUAGUUCGCUGACUCUCUAGCUUAGCGUUGCCAGAUGUUGCCCUUUAACAGAUGCAAGCACACCACUGGACACUAUCAGUGUGACGCAUUCGCACCGUGUGGAAAUGGUUUGUUUGGUUUAGGUGAGGGUGUGCGCCUGAGUAGAGCGUCCAUGCUGUUCUGUUCACACCGCUUCAAUUCGGACAUGAGACAAGGUUUGCACUUUGUCCUUUUGAAAAUGUGCUUUCUCGCAUGCAGCUCCUCCGGGUAAUGCCCAGAAAAGUUCAGGGUUGCGGUGAUUGUGGCUUUCGGUUUUAUUUAUUAAAGGUAGCUAGCAUAAGUGCUGCUCAUAGCUUGUUGGGCGACCUAACAUCAUAUUACCUUUUCUCGAACUUGCAGAAAGCAGCCCGUGUCUGUUGUUAACGGUACGCUUGAUAUUGUGUUUGCACGGUAAAGCACAAGCGCUUGCUUCCACGGUUCCAACACAAGCAUUGAAAUGCGGUCGGCACGGUUGUUAUUGCUUCUAUUCCUCGUUGAGGAACAAACUGACCGUCAAACUUGCCGACUGUUCGCAGUUGUCAAAACAAGUCGGAAAUGAACUGUCUCAGAUGAAACAACACUUUUUCAACAUUUGUACUUUCUACAAAUACAAUUCACACGAACAACAAACAUGAAAUUCAAAGUUAGGAUGACAACGUGCACCUUAUGUUUGAAACGCAGAUGAAUUAUUCUAUGACUGAAUCCAUGUCCUGGUGCGCAAUCAUUUUUUAUUUUCAAACAAAUGGAUAAAAAUCUCCACUUCAGUACUUGCACAUGCAAACCAACUCGAGACGUGGACAGAAAAGCCAGUAGUGACAUUUCUUUGUGAUUUGUUUUUUCAUCCACUUUUGAUUGAAGCUGACUUUGAACCAGUGAAACGAGCAAUUCAUCUUUGAGAGCGUCGACCAGCGACACAAACUCUGUGUUUAAAUGUUGCUUUCGUAUAAGAUCCAGCCCAGCCUACGCUUCACCCCGAAUGUAUAUGAAGAUAUCUAUUGAUAGCCGUAGGACUAUAUUUUAUACUAGAAUGGUAACUGUUAUAUACUGUAUAGAGCUAUAAUAGUAUGUAUGUGCAAUCAUUAGUCAUAGUAUAUGCAACAGUUUGGAAUAUGUCAUUAAAAGAAAUGAUCGCAAAUCAAAUCUUAAAACCUUUUGUUUUCUAAAGGGAGAACCCACCUGAAGUCUGUCAUCCAGAAAGGUUGAAUAUGUCAAUUGAAUGUUGAAUGUGUUUCAAUGUAAACUGUGACACUUCUAUCGAAUGAUUAUUAUUAUUAUACAUUAUUAGUACAUUUCUGGUUUUGAUAUAAUCAGCAUUGCAAUGAAAUCUCUCAAUCUUACACGAUUUAGUUGAGUUUGCUUUCCAUUCAAAGUCAAUGCAACAAAUCGAUAGACAGUACAUCUAGUCCUGUGUCACAUUCAAAAUCAUCUGGCAGUUUCAUAAACGUGAAGGGAUUUCAUGUCCCUAAAUUGAACACACCCAUAUGUUAGAAUUGAUUAGCAUUCAGGUGGUUUCUCUCUUUAUGUGCAGUAUGUACUCGUCCGUACAGAAGCACAGACAAACCAAAGGUAAUUUUAUGUCCAAUGUUUUAUGGAAAAAACAUAUAUAUUGCUAUAUUCUCAACCAGAUUUCUUCAACAAGCCGUUACAGUUUACAGGCCUGUGGUGAGGUCCACUGUACUUUUAGGAUUUUAUACAUAAAAAGUCUAUAGUAUUCAGCAGAUACUUGUAUAGGCCUUCUACACGGAGAUAAUAUUCCACAAACCAGGUUGUUGCUUUUGUAGAGAAUUGUCUUUGAAGAAGUGGAAUUUGAGUUUAAUAUGCACUGAUACAUCAUGCAAUCCCUUGUUAAGUGCCUUUUUCAAAUGUUUACCGUCUGUUUGUGUCUGGGAACCUCAGGGGAAGUAGGAGUGCAAUGGCUUUUUUUUUAUUAUCCCGUCAAUAAUUAACCCGAAUCUUGUUUCCCUUCAUCCGCCAUCAGACGGCUUUGGCUUUUAUCUGAGGCCUUUGUAAAAGUUGCUCGGCCAUUCGUGGUUUGGAUAUGGUCUCUCUGCCUCUCCGUCUCUCUCUCUCUGUUGAGUUUCUUUUCAGUUGUGUAUUUUUUUUUUUAGAUCUGUUGGUUUUAUUGUAGCUUCCUGUACACAAUAGAAACCAGGAUUAAAUGGGAUGGAAACUUAA